UUUAUCUAGCUGGGUACAGACCAUGGGCGCCGUAACAGAUGAUGAAGUUAUUCGGAAACGUCUUCUUAUUGACGGGGACGGAGCUGGCGAUGACCGUCGUAUCAACGUGCUGCUGAAGAGUUUCACCAAAUGGUGCAAUUCGUCCGGGACCCCCGAGGAAGGCUUCACGCAGAGGAUGCUGGGAACACUGGCCCAGUGCGAGUUCUCCAUGGGAAAGACGUUGAUGGUUUAUGAUAUGAAUCUUCGGGAAAUGGAGAAUUAUGAGAAAAUCUACACCAAUAUAGAACAAAACAUCACUUCUGCACAUGAAAAGAUAACAGAGUGCAAAAAGGAAAUUCAGAGGGCAAAGAGGAUACGAAAAAAUCGCCAAGAGUAUGAUGCUUUAGCUAAAGUUAUCCAGCAACACCCAGACCGGCAUGAAACAUUGAAACAGUUGGAGGCGCUUGACAAAGAACUUCAGCAACUGUCUCACAUCAAAGAGAAUGUGGAUGCAAAGCUGGAGCUGAGGAAGAAGCAGUUCCAUGUGCUACUCAGUACCAUACAGGAGCUACAGCAGACCCUUGAGAAUGAUGAAAAAUCAGACAAUGACGACAACAGCCAAGAGUGUCCUGUAGAGAAUGGUGAAUGAACACACAGAGGUCCGGAAUAGAAUAAAUGGAGUGAACCGGUUUUUAAUGAUUUUGUAUUUGUCCGAGGAAACUUUUUGUAUGUAUUGUUGAAUAAAGUUGACUUCACCAUG